UGCACAUUGACGUGUCAGUAAAUUACAAAUGGCGUCGACGAACGGCAACAACAUCUCCGCGGUGGAGGAAAAAAUUGAAAAAUUAGAAUUAUCCGAUGAGAAAAUUAAAAAUGAUUCAAAUGAAUCGAAAAGUACAAAAAUUUUCGAACCUCAUCUCUCAGGUUUCGAGAUGCGGGAACUUUAUAAAAUCGCCCUUAACUUUUAUAAAGAAAAAGAAGGAAAAGCAGUUCAUCUAUCGUACGAAGAUAAAUUGAAACUCGUUGCCUUUACACAGCAAGUAACUCAUGGAAAAUGCACUGCCGAAAAUGCACCGCCUUUAGGUGUUUUAGAUGUAAUUGGAAAAGACAGAAGAUUGGCAUGGCAAAAUCUCGGUGAUAUCACAAAAGACGAGGCAAUGGAAGGUUUUGUUGUUUUACUCGAUAAAUUGUGUCCUCUUUUUAAAACUGUCGUCGAAGCAUUGAAACGUGACAUCGAAGAAAAGAAGCGUUUACAAAAAGAAGAGGAAGUGAAAAAAGUUGAGGAGGAAAAAAGACUGAAAGAACUCGAAGAGGAGAAGGAAAAAGAAGAGGAGGAACGUUUAAAACAAGAAAAUCAAAGGCGACAAAUACAAGAGGCACUUAAUCAACAAACUUAUCAUCAAUUUCGUGCUUACGCUGAACAACAAUAUCCAGGUAAUCCCGAACAGCAAGGCGUUCUCAUAAGACAAUUGCAGGAACAACAUUAUCAUAAAUAUAUGCAACAAUUGCAUCAAAAUCAAAUUCUCAUUGAGGAUCAUGAACCAUUGAAAGGUGGUGACAAUAGUGGCGAGAUGAAAAUUAAAGAAACUGAAGACGCACCUUUACUUUUGAAUGAGGAAGGAGUUAAUGAAGAAGAUUCUGACGAGCAACAAGAUUGGCCGCCAAUAGAACCAUCACAAAUGUGGACAAAAGAGGGAGUGGAGGAUUUUAAAAAUAUGAUUAAAAAAGAAGCUGGCGAUGCGGUAAUUAAAGUUGGACAUGGUAAAACAAUUACAGUUCGAGUGCCAACGCAAGAUAAUGCUUCGUGUCUCUUUUGGGAAUUUGCAACUGACGGUUACGAUAUUGGAUUUGGGGUUUAUUUUGAAUGGAUUAAAUCGGACACCAAUCAAGUUACUGUUCACGUUAGUGAAUCUGACGACGAAGACGAAGACGAUGAAGAUUAUGAGUCAAGGGAAGAUUUGGAAAGUGGUGCUGUUGAUGGAGAACCAAGGCAGGAAUCUAAUAAGCCAUUUGUAUCACGAAUCAGUGUUAUUGUGCCUAUUUAUAGGAGAGAUUCACAAGACGAAGUUUAUGCUGGUAGUCAUCAAUAUCCUGGCGAGGGUGUAUACCUUCUCAAGUUUGACAAUUCCUAUUCACUUUGGCGAAGUAAAACACUUUAUUACAGAGUUUAUUGCACAACGCCCUGCGUAACGAAGAAUUAGUAUCUAGUGUCAUAAACAAAAAUUAAAAAUCAAAGUUAUUACAAUUUAAAUGUGUAUUUGUUGAACACUAGCCACCGACACAUCUGCGUCAGUCUAUUAUUAAUGCUAAUUUGGCAAAAAAAAGCUCUGUGACCUAUUUUCAUGUAAAGCGAGGAAUAUAUUCCUCGAAAAAAAAUAUAUAUAUAUAUUUAUUGUGUA